GGAGCCGGUGCCACAGAACACCUCCCCUGCAAACAGCUCCGUUCGCAACGAGGAGGCAGACGAGGACGCCACCUUGGAUAAGGAGUGGGACGAGAUUGCCCGCCGGACUGAUGAGCUCAUUGCGAAUGCUCGCGAGUCCAAGGGCGUCGUCGCCGUGUCGCAGGACGUCCUGAGCCAACCCCUCAGUUACAAGGACUUCACGCAGUGGCUGCUCCAGCUGGAGAUAGACCCAGCUGCAUUGCGGCAGAUGCGAGAGGAGAUGGUAGAG